AUUAAAGAAUUAAAUUAAACAGUCUUAGUGCAACUUCGUGGAAGAAUGAAAUUUUUUUUUUUCAUUCUUUGUCUCACUUAUGUUCAAGCUUUAGAUGAUUUCAAUUGCAAAGAUGAGUGUGGACUGUACACUCCUGGUGACGUCACUAUGGAAAAUCUGCAAACUGAAUGCAAGGCAUUUGAUGCUGCUAUAAAAUGUGCAGAGAAAGAUAUCAGAUUGGAGAAACUGAAGAUUAAGACUAGGAAGAAAGCGGGAACUAGGGUUGUGGGAGGAAACGCAGUAAAACUACCUCUGCCCUGGAUGGUGUUUUUAGAUUUCAAUAAUAAUGGAGAUUGUGGUGGGUCUUUACUUAACUCAAGGUAAGAUAGAAUAUUUACAAG